CUAAAACUCAUCCUCGACCUUUUCUCUAGGGUUUCCUACGGCAUACAGAGCAGGAGGCAACUGAUUGAGAACUCGAGAGAGCCGCCAUGGCGAGGAUCAAGGUUCACGAGCUGAGGGAGAAAUCGAAAGCUGAUCUCUCGAAUCAGCUGAAGGAACUGAAGGCGGAGCUUGCCCUACUCCGCGUCGCGAAAGUCACUGGCGGUGCUCCGAACAAGCUCUCCAAAAUCAAGGUGGUGAGGAAGUCCAUUGCACAGGUAUUGACUGUGAUCUCACAAAAGCAGAAGUCUGCAUUGAGAGAAGCAUACAAAACCAAGAAGUUGUUGCCACUCGAUCUCCGUCCCAAGAAGACUAGAGCUAUCAGGAGAAGACUCACCAAGCACCAGGCUUCGUUGAAGACGGAACGAGAGAAGAAGAAAGAAAUGUACUUUCCCUUGAGAAAGUAUGCUAUCAAAGUGUAAGCCUUUUUUGGUCCUACUGAGUGUUUUUGCCUUCUGGAUCAUACUAUCAAAGCUCUCUUCCCCUUUGUGAGUUUCACUUCUAUUUCUUAUUUGAAGGGUUUCAAACUCUAAUUGCAAUCGGGUAUUUGAAUUUCAGAUUCGAUUA